AUGGCGGUUGACUUUGGGGACCACGCCAGCGGGUUCCGCCACACGGAGGUGAUCAGGUUCAUCAACAACGAAGUCCUCAUGAACGGCGGCGGCCCAGAUUUCUACGUGGCCUUCCGCUCACGGCCCUGGAAUGAGGUGGAGGACCAGCUUCAGACUGUCGUGGCCGACCCUCAGGUGCCGCGCACCAUUAAGAGAGCCUGUGCCUGGAGCGCGCUGGCCUUGAGCGUGCGUGUGGCUGCGAGGCAGCGAGAGCAGCAGGCGCACCGCCUCCGGCGGCUGCAGGAGCAGGUGGAGGAGCGCGAGACGGCUGCCUGGGCCCUGGCCUCCGAGCUGCAGCGGCUGCGUGGGGAGCGCAAGGAGGUGGCUGCGCAGCUUCAAUGCUCGUGGGCUGCUCUGCAGCAGGUGUUGGAUGAGAGAAAUGUGUUGCGCGGGGGACUGCUCCAGGCAGAGAAGUCGGCCCGGGCUGACCGACCUCCUCAGGAGGUCACGUCUGAGUCGGGAGCAGAACAGCAUGGGGCCACUGCAUGGCCAGAGGUUGUGGAUGAGCAGGGCAAGAUGAUGGCUACAGGGGCACAGCCCAUGCACCGUUCAGAGGCCCAGAUGGCAGCUUCAGCAGCAGCUCCAGCUGGGCGGCUCCUGUGGCAGCUCCAGCAGCUGUGCUUUAUGUGCAGGCACCUCCAAACUGCUGGGCCCUGCAACCCUGUCGGAUUCCCAUACUCGACACUUGCACCACACGCAGUAGUUGUGGAAGCAGACGCACCAGCAGCAGCAGUCCCUCCUUAGAUACCACCUCUGGGGGUCUACCCACCUGGCACAUGGGCUGCAGUGGGGGCCCAGGAGCAGAUGGCACCACUGUGGGGGAUGUCCCCUGGGGAACAGCAAGAGGAAGGUCCUGUGUGUCCCCAGGGAAUGACUUCCCUGGAGGACAUAGGGAGCCACAGCCAGAAAGAUCUGGAGAGACCUCAGGGGACAGCGCCCCUGGGAGACAGACGCUCCAGCCAGAAGGAAUGUCCACUGAUGCCCCAGGAGAAGUACCCCCUGGAGAACAGCAAGAGCCACAGCCAAGAAAAUCCAGAGAGGCCCCUGGGGACAUCCCCACUGGGAAGCAGCAAGAGCAGUGGUGUGAGAAAAAGCCCUAAGAAACAGCAACCUCCGGGGCAGAAGGCCAAGCAACCAAAAGGGAAAAAAGCCUCGGAUUCCCAACAGGGGAAGCCUGCCUCAGUAUGCAGUCCCAAGAAUUGGGACUGCCCAUGGUGUAAAGCCAUGAAUUUUUCAUGGCGCAAGUCCUGCUAUAAAUGCAAGAAAGUCUGUGUGGCAGGUGAGAGUAGAGGCCGGGACCCAGGACAAACUCACUAA